AUGUAUGCGGCGCAGCACGGCCACCUCGCGGUCGUCGAUCGGUUGCUCGCGGCGGGCGCGGACCCGAGCUACUGCGACGAGACCAACGAGGCGCGGGCCACGGCCCUCCAGCAGGUCGCCACGUACGCCCGCGGCGACGCGGAGGAGGUGGCGAAGAGCCUGAUCCGCGCGGGCGCCCCAGUCGACGAAGAGGGCCCAGCGCCUCCGCUGUGGCGAACGGUCGAGCACAACCAGGCGGGGGUCGCCAGGGUUUUGCUCGAGGCCGGCGCGAACGUCAAUGUGCGCCGCCAGGGGCUGACCGCGCUCAUGGCGGCGUGCAAUAUUGACCAGGGGGUACCUGUGCCCCAACCAGGCAAAGCGGCGCCAAUGGCGGGGCGCCCGGCCCUGGUCAAAGUGCUGCUAGAAUUUGGCGCCGACACCGAGGUCUUUGAUUCGACGACCGAUAUUGACGGUGGCAACGCGCUGUAUCACGCGGCGAGACAGGGCCACACGGCCUGCGUCGGGGCCUUGCUCGACCAUGGUGUGACGAUGGACACGAUAUGCAUGGAAGACGGCGCGGCGAAAGGCUACCAUGCGCAGACCGCGUUGAUGGGAGCCGUGAGCGGGGGGCAUGCCGAAACCGUAGCGCUACUGCUGGACCGCGGCGCCGACGUCGGGGUGACCAAUAAAGAUGGAUUCAACGCGCUCUGGUACGCGAUCUUGGGGGUUGAUGGCAAUGGCAAGGACAAAGCCCCCAACGAGCGCGUCAUAAGGCUCCUGCUCGACGCGGGCGCGGACCCCAACAAGCGCAGGAAUCAUUUGGGUCUAGGAAGUCCGACGCCGCUCUACUGGGCGUCUGA